AUGGAUUCCACCAGCCAAGAUAUGGAUCCUUCCAGCCUAGAAUCCGAACACACUGGCCAAGAGUCUGACCCUGCAGCCCUAGAUUUCAACUCUCUUGGCCAGGAUUAUUUCUACAGUGCCCACGAGUUCUACUCUCUCUACCAAGAAUUGGACCUGGACUCUCUUAACGAAGAUUUUCUUUCUCAAUCCACACCAGGUGCCAUAACAGUGACCUCUACGGGCACACAUGAAUCCCACCAUGUGUGAUGUCCUGUGUCGGCUGCCGAAUCACAGGACCUCACAGAGGCAGAUCAAAAGAUGCUCAUAUCCGAGCUCACUAAAUUGGAGGCAGAAAUUGUAAGCCUACGCCAUGUGCUGGCAACCAAAGAAAGACGCUGUGCGGAGCUCAAGAGGAAUCUGGGCCUCACAGUCUUGGUGGGGCUGAGGCAGAAUCUAUCCAAGAGCUGGCAUGAUGUUCAGGUCUCCAACGCCUACGUGAAACAAAAGACAUCAGCUGCCAUGUCCACCAUGGGCUCUACCAUCUCUAGGAAGCUUGGAGACAUGAAGAACUCAGCCACAUUUAAAUCCUUUGAAGGUCUGGUGGAGACAAUCAAGUCCAGAGUUGGAGGUGGCAGAGAGCUUGGCAAUGACUGCCUUCUUUCUUCAGCGGUGUGUUUGGAUGAUCUGCUCCUGGUUUCAGGGAGUAGGUAUGGUCCACUCCUAAUUUCAGGGAGUGGAAAUGAUCUGGUUACAGGAAGUGGGGAUGACCUGCUUCCCUUUAUGGAGCAGGAAUAA